CACCUUCCAUCCACUGCCAUAAAUUAUUAAGUAUUCAAAUAUCAACUUCCACCUUCACCGACACUAUUUCUCAGCAUUAUAAAUAUUCCACUUCCACAGGGUGCUAAACACUAGUGAUCAUGGGGAUAAUAGGAGAUAUUGUGAGACAUCCAAAUGAGAUAUACCCAUUGAUGAAGCUGUUGGUAACAGCAAAAUUAGCAGAAAAACAAAUUCCUUCAAAGCCAAACUGGAGAUUUUGCUAUCUCAUGCUCCGCAACAUCUCUCGCAGCUUCUCUCUCGUCAUUCAACAGCUUCCCCUUGAGCUUCGAGACGCUGUAUGUGUAUUCUAUUUGGUUCUUCGAGCCCUUGACACUGUUGAGGAUGAUACCAGCAUAGCCACAGAGGUUAAAGUACCUAUUCUGAUAGCUUUUCAUCGACACAUAUAUGAUCAUGAAUGGCAUUUUUCAUGUGGUACAGAUGCCUACAAGGAUCUCAUGGACCAGUUCCAUCAUGUUUCGACGGCUUUUUUGGAACUUGGAAGAAAUUAUCAGCAGGUGAUUGAAGAUAUUACUAUGAGGAUGGGUGAAGGAAUGGCUAAAUUCGUAAGCAAGGAGAUUGAAACAAUUGACGAUUACGAGGAAUAUUGUCAUUAUGUAGCUGGGCUUGCAGGAUUAGGCUUGUCAAAACUUUUCCAUGCCUCUGGUAAAGAAGAUUUAGCUCCAGAUUCUCUUCCCAAUGCUGUGGGCUUAUUUCUUCAGAAAACAAAUAUCAUUAGAGAUUAUUUGGAGGACAUAAAUGAAGUACCCAAGUGUCGUAUGUAUUGGCCUCGUCAAAUUUGGAGUAAAUAUGUUAACAAACUUGAGGACUUGAAGUUCGAAGAGAACUCGGUCAAGGCAGUACAAUGUCUCAAUGACAUGGUCACUAAUGCAUUAUCACAUGCAGAAGACUGUCUGGUUUGCCUAUCCACAUUACGUGAUCCAGCUAUCUUUCGAUCCUGUGCUAUACCACAGAUCAUGGCUAUCGGAACAUUGACGAUGUGCUACAACAACGUUGAAGUCUUCAGAGGUGUUGUAAAAAUGAGACGAGGUCUCAGUGCCAAGGUUUUUGACCAGACCAAGACAAUGGAAGACGUAUAUGGUGCUUUUUUCCAUUUUUCUUCUAUACUGAAAUCCAAGGUUGACAAUAACGAUCCAAAUGCAACAAAUACUUUGAAGCGGAUUGAAUCAAUCAUGAAAACUUGCUCUGGAACCUUGACUAAAAGGAACAAGCCUAAUUACAUACCAACUUUGAUUAUUGUCUUUUUGGUCGUCGUGGCUAUUCUUCUUGCUUACCUGUCUGCAAAAAGACCCUAGACCCUUGCUUUGAUGCCAUCUUUGCAGUGACUUGGGCUCUAGGACUUUACUACUAUGAGGUCUUCUCAAACAAGGCACCAAUUUGUUAAAUCUUUGUGCAUGGUAGGGAUGAAAUAUUAUGGUGUCGAUUAGGUUGGAACAAAUUUAUACCGGUCAUGAUAACUCAAUAAACAUGUCUUCAUCUAAUUUAUCCAAAAUUUAAUCCGUUCAAGUUGAGUUGGAAGUGGAUCACAAUCCAAUUAGCAUGAGUUAUUACUAA